AUGUCAAAUACAGAGCGGUGGCAAAUGCUGGAAUUGAGGAUGGAGGAUAACCCCGUGGCCUUGGCUUCAAACACGGUGUUCAUGUGCUUACUCUACUCCAUCGGAGCCAGCUUGGCUUGUUUUGUAUCAUUGGUAGCCCACUGGGCCACCAUACAUACAUUGCGAUAUCCAACCCAACUUCAUUCUGCGGGAGCUAGCUUCCAUGUCGAUGAAUAUUCGAUGGGUACGGGAACGCCGAAGAACCCCGCGGCGCAACAUGCACGAGAGACAAGAUGGGUAGAACAACUUGCAGAAUUAAGGUUCGGCCGUAUUGCUCGCUUUCGUUCUGGUCGUUUUCGCGAUCACUUUUUCGUGUUUUGGCGGUUAUUCCACGGCGGAUGUGUCGUUUUGCUUCUGCUCCACGUGCCCGGUACCUACCUCAGUGGGCGAGUAUCUCAAGGUCAAAGGUAA